CCACUAACUAGUACUGCUCAUUUUUCUCUCUCACUAUCUUUCUUUUUCUCUCUCAUCCUCUCUUUGUUGGGUUACUGGGCCUUCAACCCAGCAACCUCAACCCGGUCAUUUAUUAUUAAAUCUUUCUCAACCAUCACCUUCACAAAUCGCAACGGUUCCUUAAUCCCUUCGAAAUAGAAAUGGCUAAAGCCGUUUAUGAUGAUGCAGCAGCCCUCUGGCUUCCGUCGCAGUUCUUCGCAGACAAUGAGAACCGCAACAACGUCAACGAAAACAAAAACAACGUUGUCAACGCCGAUUUUGAUGCUGCGCUGGUCUUCCCUUCCGAGUUCCCCUACGAGUUCGAGUUGUCGUCGCCGGCGGGGUCGACGGGGACCGAGAGCAGCGACGAGGAGGAGGACUUCUUUGCAGGCUUGACUCGGAGACUGAGUCAGUCGUCGCUUCACGAAACUCGGAAGCAACUCAUUACUGAACCUAUCAGCGCAAGGGACAAACCUAAUGAGAGCCAGAAGAAAACUCGGGUCUUGUCCGGGUCGCCUCAGUCCACGCUGAGUGGAAUCGGAAGCUGGUCGGGUCGUAGUGCUAUCUCCGGCGACGGAAGCCCGAACGGGUUCUCUCGUGUUCCGUCGCCAUCAACGACGCCGUUUGCUGAGAAGAACGACCCGUGGGAAAUCAUAUACGCAGCAGCAGGGGAAGUUGCGAGGAUGAAGAUGAACGGUGAAGUAACAGAUUUCGAUUUUCAGAAUAACAGAGAGUUACUGAGUCUCCCUCGUGUUAACAUGUUCUCGAACCAGAGUCUCAACCAGCUUCAAAUGAAGCAACAGUGUGGUUCGGUUUGGGGAACGCAAGCAAAAAAUAACUGGCUGGUUCAGCAACAACAACAGCAACAGCUAGAGGCACGAAACAGAGAGCGUAAUGUUGUGUACGAGAGUGUAAAAUGUACUUGCCCUUUGUCAUUGCCUCAAUCUUCGUGGCCCCCUCUUCAACUCCACAACCAAAAUCAACGACCGGUUCAGUUUAGCGGAUCCGGGUCGCGGGUUGUUUUACCCGGUGGAUCUUCUGUGAAAAGGGGAUCCGGUGGAACUGGAGUUUUUUUGCCUCGUCAUUAUGAUAACCCUUCAGAUUCUCGCAAGAAAACAAGUUGUGCACCUGUUAUGCUACCACCGGCUAAGGUGAUUCAUGGUCUGAACUUGAACAUUGAUGACUUGAAUGCAACUAAUCAAUCACGUUUCUCUAAUGCUUUUGCCCCGAACUAUGAUGCAUUGUUGGCUAGGAGAAAUGCUAUUCUCAUGCUGCAGAGAUUAAGGGUACGGCAAGAAGAGGUGGCCAACUAUGAAACUCGCCUACCUCAGGAGUGGACGUAUUGAUGAUGGCUCUCUUGGCUGUUGGAAACAAACGAAGGCUCAAUAGUCUCUUAAGGCAAUAGUUUGUGAUAGUGAUUUUGGUAUUUUGGAUUUUGACAAAGAUGAUAUUCAAGAAUGUGUUUGCGCUACUUUAGUUGCAAUAAAUACAUCCAGCUUUUUUUAGGAAGAAAGAUUGCAGCGUUUUGGAUCUGGUUUUUAGUUGGAGAAAUAGUAAGUUGGAGAAAUAGUAAAAGAACAGUAGAUUAGGGAAGGUUUUUAUUUUUUAUUUUUAUAUUAUUAAUUAGUUGUAGCAAGAUAAGUGAGUCAUUUUAUGGAGAUGGGAGAAUGGGUAAGGUACAAUGUUUUACAUUGGCAAAGUUCAAGUCAAGCUAGCAAGAAAGGUGUUGGGAGAUUAGUAGAUUUCUACCCAAUACCCAUGCUUGUGUAAAAUCCCUUGCUCAUUGCAUGAUUUAUAGUAUGUAAUAAGUUAUAUGUAAUAAAGA